AUGAUAUGUUCAAUCGCCGACAUAUUGGCAUCAGUCACUGUAGCAUUGUUGUCGAUAGAGAAGGCAGCACUAUACACCUCCAUCCACACAACAUCUCUGGAGCUCGGCUUGCGACAAGUCCGCGAGACACGACCGACAUCAAUCCAGCAACCGACUCCGACUCCAGCCGUCGACACACCACCAUCGAAGACAAUCGAUGGCACAAUACCUGGGAAGACUAGAAACAUCAUGGGGCCCCUGCCCUAUACGAUCCUGAAAACCGUCAUUGCCCGAGCGGCCAGCAUGGGUGAGCACGUCCGCCCGCGUGUUCCAUCCUUUCAAGCAAUAUUCGAUCAUGUCACGUCCAGGAGCAAAAGGGCGAAUGAGGAACAUAAAACACAUACCAUCCAGGCGGUUAAUUAUUCUGUCAACCCUACGUUGGGAAUCCAUGUUCGCCACCUGCCAGUAUCCCUGAGAUCACGAGACAACCGAGACACUAUCACCAUGAAUGCUUACCAGGACCCCAAAAGACUCAAGAUCCCAAUCAACAUCCUCCCAUUUAGACACAUGUACAGCCAGACGUUUAGCCAAUCGAUCACCAGCCAGUUGCGAGCCCUCCGUGACCUGAAAUUCCCUGACAUUCUGCUGGGUCUCAAUGUGGACCUCCCCUAA